UCUGGGGCAAGAGGAGGGUGGAUUUUAAUUUUAAACAGAGUGUUUAGGGUGGCUUAUUGAAAGGUGAUGUUUGAGCAAGGACUUGAAGGAGGUGAGGGAGUGAGUGACUCGACUAUCUACAGGCAGAGGGGAUAGACGAGCAAAGGCCCCGGGGCCGCCUGUUGGAGGAGGUGGAAGACGGUCAUUGUGGCCAGAGGGAGUGAGUGAUGGGGAGAGGAGGUCAGAGGAUGCAGGGCUUUGUGGACUGCCGUUGGAACCUGAGCUUUCAUUCUGGGAGAGGUACUAACAGGUUGGUCUGGCUGCUGUGCUGAGCAGAGUAUUAAAAGGCCAGGGUGGAGGCAGGCAGGCCAGUUAGGAUGCUACCGCGGUGAUCUAGCUUCACUCUUUCCCAAGAAGCGGAAGAUGGGGAGAGGACCAGGGAACUUGAGUUGCCAAUCCUGCUGAGAUAGGAUAUGGGCCCCAGUCCUAGGGCUCGGGGGACGCUGCUUCUAGCCCAUGAGAGAACCAAGCUUCAAUGUGCUCAUCCGCCAGGUGAGACGCCCCUGGCCCUGGCAGCUUGCACCAACCAGCCCGAGAUUGUGCAGCUGCUGAUGGACCACGAGCAGACGGACAUCACCUCGCAGGACUCACGGGGCAACAACAUCCUCCACGCCCUGGUGACGGUGGCCGAGGACUUCAAGACGCAGAACGACUUUGUGAAGCGCAUGUACGACAUGAUCCUACUGCGGAGUGGCAACUGGGAGCUGGAGACCACUCGCAACAACGAUGGCCUCACGCCGCUGCAGCUGGCCGCCAAGAUGGGCAAGGCUGAGAUCCUGAAGUACAUCCUCAGUCGUGAGAUCAAGGAGAAGCGGCUCCGGAGCCUGUCCAGGAAGUUCACUGACUGGGCCUACGGACCCGUGUCGUCCUCCCUCUACGACCUCACCAACGUGGACACCACCACGGACAACUCCGUGCUGGAAAUCACCGUCUACAACACCAACAUCGACAACCGGCAUGAGAUGCUGACCCUGGAGCCGCUGCACACGCUGCUGCGGAUGAAGUGGAAGAAGUUUGCCAAGUACAUGUUCUUUCUGUCCUUCUGCUUUUAUUUCUUCUACAACAUCACCCUGACCCUCAUCUCGUACUACCGCCCCCGGGAGGAGGAGGCCCUCCCGCACCCCUUGGCCCUGACGCACAAGAUGGGGUGGCUGCAGCUCCUCGGGAGGAUGUUCGUACUCAUCUGGGCCACGUGCAUCUCCGUGAAAGAG